AUUAACAGUAGUUCAUUCUGUUAGUAUAUACGAUACAAUGUCCGUAGAAAGUUUCGUUGCUUAGUUAAAACAUCUAAGUAUCACAAAAUGGGGUACUCUAUCAUCCUCUUGACAGCAUUGCUCCUACGGAGUAUGAGUAUGAUAGUAACUGGGAGUACCGUGAUCGAAGCUAACCCAACUCCUCGUGUUGAUGUUUUUGGGCCUACGUGCAAAAUGGAUGAUGGGGCUGAAGGUAUUUGCGUACCCAACUAUCAAUGCAAUCCGGAAACAAAUGCUAUAGACAAUACUACAUUCGUCGACCUACGAAUUGGCACGUGUCCCCACUACUUGCAAGUUUGCUGCUUAAAUUCCAAUUUGGCGAAGCCCAGCGAGCCAAAAGAAGAACUACCCCGCUGCGGCUGGAGCAACCCUGGAGCAGCGGGAUUGAAGAGCAAGGAAGGUGAAAAUAUUGGUACGGCUGAUUUCGCGGAGUUUCCUUGGAUGGUUGCUAUAUUAAGAAAUACUGCUCCAGAUGUUGACUGGUCACAGGCGGAUUAUCUCGGAGGCGGUUCCAUCAUCCAUCCUUCAGUUGUGAUCACCGCAGCACACAAAGUUGAUGGCCUUUUUGAACAUGAGGUGAAGUGCCGAGCUGGUGAGUGGGACACGCAGGACGACUCCGAGUUGUAUCCGUCACAAGAACGGCGAGUUAGAAAGAUCGUCACGCACGAUGAUUUCUUUAGAUUACAAGCCUAUUACAACGUGGCCCUGCUGUUCUUGGAGAAACCUUUCGCAUUUCGUGACUCGCCUCACAUUGGCGUGGGCUGUCUGGGCAAGACAAUCCCUGCACCAGGCACCAUGUGCAUCACCAUGGGCUGGGGGAAAGAGUUUAAUGGCAAAUACGCCACUACUCUCAAGAAGAUAAAACUGCCGCUUAUUGACUCGGACAAAUGCCAGCACAGCCUACGUAACACCAGACUGGGCUCCCGGUUCCUUCUCCAUCCGUCCCUGAUCUGUGCGGGCGGUGAGACCGGAGUCGACACUUGUAAGGGUGAUGGCGGUUCACCCCUUGUUUGCAGUAUUGAGGAUCCCAAAAAAGACACCCGGUACGCAAUAUUCGGGAUUGUCUCGUCAGGAAUUGGAUGCGGGAGGAGUGACGUUCCAGGUGUAUACGUGAACGUACCCUUCAUCUACGGCUGGGUUGUGGAGAAGAUGAAUGAGGAAAGACUGGAUAAGAACUCCUUCAUCUACUAAACAGAAAUGGAGAAGCGGGAGAUAUAAAUAAAGAUUUGUAACGAUGAUUGUUAACGCCCACCACUGCAAUUAGGUGGUAUUAAAAUUCCACAGGCACUUAUUAUUUUUGUUAAUAAAUAAUUGUGUCACUACCGUCACAUUGCUUUUUUUAUAGAAGAGGGAACAAACGAGCAUGCGGCUCACCUUAUGGUAAGUGACUACCGCCGCCCCCAUGAACAACCGCAAAACCAUGGGAAUUGCAGAUGUGUUGUCGGCCUUUUAGAAAGGUGUAAACUCUUUUCUUGAAGGUCCCUAAGUCGUAUUGGUCCGGAAAAAUCGCCGGUGGUAAACAAUUCCACAGAAAAAUUAUACGAGGAAGAAAACUCCUAGUACAAAGUCUUGGACCGCCAAGCAUCCAGAUGCUGAGGAUGGUAUUGUAAAUUUUGACGCGAUGUGCGUUCGUGAAAUUUGGCGGCUGGAAUUAAUCCGAACAAUUCCUCAGAGCACUCCCAGUGGUAAAUUCGAUAGAAAAUGCAAAGGGAUGCAACAUCCCUACGCAGUGCCAGUAUAUCGAGCCGAUCAGAAAGAACUCGGUCGUCGACGAUUCGAACCGCUCUGCGCUAGAUGCGGUCAAGUGGAAGGAGCUGGCACUGGGGUGCCCCGGCCCAGAGAUGAGAACAGUAUUCGAUAUGAGGUCGGAUUUGCGCUUUAUAAAGUUGCAAGCGAUGUGCCGGCAUGAAAUACUGUCUCGCUCUGCUGAACACGCCAAGAUAUUUAGAGGCCAAUUUGGCCUUCCCUUCCAAGUGACCACGAAACUGCACACUAUUCGAUAUGUCGACACCGAGGAUUCCGAUGCUAGCAACUCUGAGGCAGCAAGGGGAGUGCCUUGAAACUGAGGAAAUUCGACAAAGGGGUUCUUUUUAGCGGUAAACGCGCAAACUUGAACUGGACUAGAUUUAGUCACCCCCAAUCCGAGACUUUGUUUGUAAAGCAAACUUCAGACACAAGUUUGUCGCGGUCCUCGGCGACGUUUUCCCGAGAAAAAUUGGCACGGCCGGUAUUUAAGUCAUCACCAGUGCUGUCGUCUGCUUAUCAACGAAUGUUACUAGUUUGCAACAUGUUAUUGAUAUGCAGGAGAAACAGCGUUGGUAAUAGCACGCAGCCUUGUGGAACACCAGCGUUGAUAGGCUUGAAAUCAGAGCAUGCACCGUCUACUACAACCUUGAUGCUCCGAUCAGCAAGGAAACUGGUGAUCCAUUUGCACAAUUUCUCAGGAAGCCCAUAGGAAGGAAGCUUCGAAAGAAGCGCUUUGUGCCACACCCGAUCGAAGGCUUUCGCUAUGUCCAAACUAACGGCCAAUGACUCCCUUUUAAACCCUACUGCCUCCGCCCAUCUAUGAGUCAGGUAGACCAGAAGAUGACCAGCUGAUCGACCCCGACGAAAACUGUACUGGCGGUCACUAAUCAGCUGGUGAUCCUCAAAGUACCUCAUGAGGUAGCAGUUUAUAAUGGAUUCCAUUAUUUUGGAGAACAAGGAAGUGAUGGCGAUAGGCCUGUAGUUGACCGGAUCUUAGCGGUCGCCUUUUUUAGGGAUCGGGUGGACCAAAGCUGUUUUCCGUGAAUUCGGGACUACGCCUUUGGAGUAGGAGUACCGGAAGAAAAGACGCGUUAAAACCGGUGCCAACUCUGGAGCACACGUCUUCAGCCCAAUGGGAGGGACUCCAUCAGGCCCACUCGACUUGCUGACGUCCAGGGAGAAGAGUGCUUUACGAAACAAGAGCUGUGUACAUCAGUGUUUCCCCCGUCAUCUAGAGUCGAGUUGGACGCAAAGAAGGAGCUUAAAAGAUCGGCUUCCUCCUUUGCGGCAUGGGCCAGUGAGUCGUUCUCUCUGUGCAGAGAUGGAGAGAUGGCUGACAGAAGUUCCCUUGCACAGCCUUGGCGGGAGACCAGAAUACACGGGUACCGACGGUAACACUCCUGCUUAUAUAGUGAUGCUAUUUUACAGGAGCGACCAAACCAUGGCUGGGAUCUGCCUCCGAUUGGCACCACAGAGGAUGGAAUAAAAAAUUCUCUCUUUUUUCUCAUGAUAGACAACAAUUCUCUAAAAUGGUGUGCUAUAAAGGAAUCUCAAUAAACUAUUAACUAUUAUUAAGACUUGGUGUUUUUCAUAUGUCCAUCUGAGACACUGAUUUUUUUUAAAAUUGUGUUUUACUUUCCUCUCUACUACUAGUAGUAUCAAGUGAUUAGUAAUUAAGUUAACCACUUAAUUCAUUAACUUAACUACUAAAUCCCCAGUUCAUUUUAUACUGGCGAUGCGGCCCGGCUUUGCCACGAUAUAAUCUAUUAAUGUAGCUUUAUUUUCAGAUUAAGAUAAUCAAACACCAUUUAUUUUAUCGAUUUUACAUUUUAUUUUUAAAAAGACUCCAAGAUUUUGGAAUAAAAUAUAGCCCAG